AGCGGCGGCGGCGCGGGCGGCGGCGGAGCGGGGCCAUGGUGAAGAUCGGCGUCCAGCAGCCGCCGGCGGCGCUCAAGCCGGACAAGGAGAAGGAGAAGGCGGCGGGGGGCGAUGGGGCGGCGGGCGCGGUGCUGCUGCCCCCGAGUGCCGAGGAGCCGGCUCCAGCCGUGCAGGGCCGGAGGUCAUCGCUCAGCGGGGUGUGUUACCUGACCAUGGGCCUCCUCGUGCUGCUGCUGGGGCUGGUCUUUGCAUCGAUGUACGUGUACAGAUACUUCUUCAUCACCCAGCUGCCCCGUGAGAGCGUGUUCCACUGCGGUGUCCUCUACGAAGACUCGCUGUACUCGCCGUUCAAAGGGCAGCUGGAACUGCACGAAGACGUCAAGAUUUACAUUGAGGACAACUACGAGCAAAUCAAUGUCCCAGUGCCCCAGUUUGGAGGGAGUGACCCUGCGGAUAUCAUCCAUGAUUUCCAGAGAGGUCUGACAGCUUACCAUGACAUAACGCUGGAUAAAUGCUACGUCAUCGAGCUGAACACCACAAUUGUGAUGCCUCCUCGCAACCUGUGGGAGCUGCUGGUAAACGUGAAGAAAGGGACGUACCUGCCUCAGACAUACAUCAUCCAGGAGGAGAUGAUUGCCACCGAGCACAUCAGUGACAUGGAGCAGCUCGGCUCCUUCAUCUACCGCCUGUGCAGCGGCAAGGAGACCUACCGGCUGAAGCGGCGGAGCGUGCGGAAACGUAUCAAUCGACGUGAGGCUGGAAACUGCCAUCAUAUUCGUCACUUUGAAAACACUUUUGUGGUCGAAACUGUUAUCUGCCAAAAGUCAUGAAGCCACUCUCCAGAUGUAACCUUCCGUGGCUUUGCUUGCACACACAUGCACACACAUGCUCUCAGCCCCCUCUUUAGACAUGGUAAUCUGGCUACUUUUUAUACUGCCCUUUGGCUUGUGCAGCUCUAACCUCUUGGGUCCACUGGGUCUUCUCUCCCUGCUACCUACCUGAGACAUUUGCUGGGCUUAAAUUUACACAGUGGUCAAAGAUAGCCUAGGAGUAGAUGCAGUUUUUUCCGCACACCGCAGGAUGGGAAUCUCUUUUAGGGGCAGAUUUGGGUAGAAGGGAUGGCUGAGAAAUAGGAGCACUGGAAAUAGGUGACUUUUUUCUGCCUCAGCAGUUUCAGGCUGGAAUAGUGCUCUGAGGCUGCCUUGGCACCAGGACAGGGGGUGUAUGAACAGGGAGGAUUGCCACUUUGAUACUGAUGUAAUGACCUAAAAUCUGUAACCAGAUGCACUUAGGAAAAGAAUAGUUGUGACGCUACAGAAGCAAUUUGGAAAGCUCUGCUGAGCUUUCCAAACCAUGCUGUGGUGGUCCCAGCUUGCUCUGUGCUGUCCCCUCGAAGACCAGAUUUUCACACAUUGAAAGCCACUGCUAUGUGUUGUUUUUGUGACUGGCUCCUGCACUCACCUGUCACCACAUCUCCUCCUGAACGUGACUGAGUGUGACCCACUGAGCAAUGCAAGGUGUCCUGAAGGGUGUUCAGGUUUGGCAGGAGCAAGGCCAGUGAGGAGGGCUGGGACUGACACAAAUGACACAGCAUGCCCCACUGUCCAGCCACAAAGCAGAGGGUGAAGUGCAAGGCUCUGUAGCCCUUUCUCCAACACACAGUUGCAGCUGCUGUGGGUCCUGGGCAGAUCUGCUGUCCCUUUGCUUGAGCAAAUAGAGGUGCAUCUUUUGAUGCAAAGUGCCAAAGCCCCACUGAUGUGCCAUCUAUGGGCUGUGGCUGCAGGUGGAGCCCCGUCUGUCCUGGCCAACUCUGUGUGCUUGAGAGGGUGAGCUGUGUUCACACAGGUCUGUCUUCCUGCAUUGUCGAGAUCCCAUCUGUGUGUGGAUGGGCUGCCAUGCCCACAUACGAAGCGUCAGCAGCAGAACUGGGAAUUACUGGCAAGUGGAGAAGCAGAUUUUUUGAAUCUUUUUUUUUUUAACAGUGUGUCUUCUUGUAUAACUCUUCUGAUGAAAGCUGUUUUGAUAGUAAUUACUGUAAUCCAGCUGUAUAUCACAUUAUCUGCAGGCACCAUUGUAAUACAGAUAUUGAUACAAGGCUAGAUUCAGCUGAUCAAUAUGCUGCAGAAAAAGUGUGUGAACAAAACUGCAUUUCUAUUGAUCAUCAGACAGAAGAAUUACAGAGUAAUUAAAUAUUCUUCCAUCUCUUCCAUAAAUGUAGUUAAAACUAAUUAGGUUCUUGAAAUGCAGGCAGUUUUUUGGCUUGAAAGAAUGGGGUGAGUUUCAACUUGGCACAUUCUUGUUAAUUGGUUUCCAGCAAAUCUGGACUUGUUCACCAUCUGUUAAAAUGAGCUUGUUGUUUUAGAAGAGGAAGGAUAAAGUAAAUGCAAGUACAAUCAUUAACUCAGCAGAACCAAAAAAAAAGUGAAUAUACUUUAAACUUUUAAGUAGUAAUACUAUGAGUUAAUUAUGUGAAAACAAAACAGGAUCUCAGAAUGGUCAUGCAGUGCAAUAGGAAUUAGUAUAUCCUUAGAGGCUGAGAAUUUAUUUUUUUAUAUAAACAUGAAGUUUUAAGUAGUAGAGGAUGACACAUUGGUUUCAUUCUGCUUUAAGCUUGAUGUAAAAUGAAGAAUUACGUGCACUUCAUGCAGGUUGGUAAGGAAGGUUUCCCACUGCCAGAGGGGUGUUUACUUCUCUAGCAUUGUGUUUUUCCAGUGAUAACUUGCUGUUUGCCCCAGCCUUUAAUUGCCAAGAAGAUGACAAGAAGUGGGUCAGAAAAUUGGUUCACUUAAUGGAAGUGCUGCAAACUGGUAAAUUUAAGCUCUGCGUUUCUCUUCAUUUCUAGAAACCUAAGCCUGCACUCAGGUGAGCAUACAGACCUUUUUCCCCUUCCUUCUGAUUCUGCAUGAUUUAACUGGUCAUUGAAUAUGCUAACUCUGUGCAACCCCCCAGCUGUAAGGGCAAACCUCAGUUCUUUAAGGUGAACUCAUGUGGUCACUGUUUCAUAGGAUGAGAAUGCAGUUGUCUAGAAAGAAAACAUAAGAUGCUUUGUAUAUUUUGUCUGGUAGGACUCUUACUUCUUAGGAAAAACCCGUGGGAUAAUAAAAUCUUUUACCUCUGA